AUGACAGCGGCUGCCGGCAUUGGUGGCAGGCUGUCGUGGAAGGCACUAUGGCAGGUUUCCGGGCUGGGCACGUCCUUCGAAGCUGUGUUUGAUGACCUGUACACCAACGUCUUUUGCGGAGAGGAUGCUUGGGAGCUGUUGCCAAACACGGCCACAUCUUUGGAAUCUCUCCGGUCAUGGUGCUCUGCAAACGACUGCCAGCUGGGUGUGAUGUCAAAUAUGGACAGCAGGCUUUCCACGAUCCUUCAAAGUUUGGGGAUCUUGGACAAGUUUGACUUCGUGUUGACAUCCUACGAAGCGAGAGCAGACAAGCCCUCACCUGUCAUCUUUAAGAAGGCCCUGGAGAAGGCUGGUCUUCCGCCAUCAUCCCAUGCCCUGCAUUGUGGGGAUAGCUUCAAGCGCGACGUGGCUGGAGCCAUCUUCAUGAACUGGACGGCGGUUUUAGUCGAUGGGCGUGUGGACGAGGUGAAGCCGCUGGAGCCAACAGAGGACUGUAAUUUCUCUGUGCACGGUGAUGUGCUGGCAAUGAGAGUUCCUCACAUUGGACACAUCGAAGGUCUGCUGGCUGGCUGA